UCGGCUCGUCAUUCAGCCGCCCCGGGCCCGGCUUGAGUUUGCUGGUCGUGCUGCUUUCCCUUCCCCUCUCCUCUUCCGUUCUUCCGUUGAGCUCGUGUGGGUGGGAGCGAGCCUCGCUCUUCUGUUGGCUUGGCUCGCCGCCGCCGCCGCCGCCGCUCAAGCGGGACGGUCCCUGCCUCUCCUGCGCCGCCUUCCUCUUCGUUCUCGAGCGGACCGGGGAUCGGCUCCCCACCCCGCCCCCGGCGGAGGCCAUGGCGGCGAGCGCCAAGCGGAAGCAGGAGGAGAAGCACCUGAAGCUGCUGAGGGAGAUGAGUAGCCUCCCGCCCAACCGCAAGUGCUUCGACUGCGACCAGCGCGGCCCCACCUAUACCGACAUGACGGUGGGCAGCUUCGUUUGUACUUCCUGCUCCGGCAUCCUGAGAGGUUUAAAUCCACCUCACAGAGUGAAGUCCAUUUCAAUGACCACAUUCACACAACAAGAAAUAGAAUUUCUUCAGAAGCAUGGGAAUGAAGUAUGUAAACAGAUUUGGCUAGGAUUAUUUGAUGAUAGAUCAUCAGCAAUUCCAGACUUCCGGGAUCCUCAGAAAGUCAAAGAAUUUCUACAAGAGAAAUAUGAAAAGAAAAGAUGGUAUGUUCCUCCAGAACAAGCAAAAGUUGUGGCUUCUGUCCAUGCAUCUAUAUCUGGAUCUUCUGCUAGUAGUACAAGCAGUACUCCAGAAGUUAAACCACUUAAAUCUCUCUUAGGAGAAUCUGCACCAGCACUGCACUUAAAUAAAGACACACCUACACAAUCUCCUGUUACAAUACGGUCUCAAGGGCAGUCACAAGAAAAGAAGCAAUUUGAUCUUCUCAGUGAUCUUGGUUCAGACAUAUUUGCUGCUCCUACUCCACACACCACAGCUACUGCGAAUUUUGCUAAUUUUGCACACUUCAACAGUCAUACAGCGCAGAACUCUGCAAAUGCAGGUUUUGCAAACUUUGAUGCAUUUGGACAGUCUAGUGCUUCGAGUAAUUUUGGUGGUUUCCCCACAGCAAGUCAGUCUGCUUUUCAGCACCAAAAUACAGCGUUCAGAACGCUUUCAUCUAGCUGCAGUUUUGGUGAUUUUACUACUUCUGCUUUCCCUGGCCAGGCUAUGCGCAGUGGGAGCGCUCGAUCAGUGAAUGCUAACUUUGCACACUUUGAUAACUUCCCCAAAUCCUCCAGUGCUGAUUUUGGAGCCUUCGGUGGUUCUCAGAGCAACACAACUGCAGCCAGUAAAGCUGUAGUGAAUAAACCAUGUCUCCAGUCAGCAGAUAAAUACGCAGCUCUUGCUAAUUUAAAUAAUAUCUUCAGCACAGGGCAAGGUGGUAAUGAGCAAGGAAAUGGCUUUGCUGCCAGUACAGUACCUGCUGUGUCAGCUCCAAGUCAAACAAGUACAUCUUCAGACAAGUAUGCAGCUCUAGCAGAAUUGGACAGUGUGUUCAGCUCCACAGCAACCACUAGUAAUGCAUAUACUUCCACCAGUAAUGUUAGCAGUAAUGCUUUUGGAACAGUUCCAGUUGGUGCUAAUACACAGACACAGUCUGCAUCAUCCAGUGUUCCUGCUCAAUUUGGAGUGUCAGUGCUUCAUUUUUCAGCAGCACCAUCCACAAAUCCAUUUGUGGCUGCACCUGUAGCUGCAGUAUCAGCAUCAACAAAUCCAUUCCAAACCACCAGUCGAGGAGCAGCAGCAACAACAUUUGGCACAGCCUCCAUGAGUAUGCCCGCAGGAUUUGGAACAACUGCCUCAUAUAGUCUUCCUACUAGCUUUAGUGGUAACUUCCAGCAGCCAGCAUUCCCAACUCAGGCAGUUUUUUCUCAGGCUGCUUUCACUCAGCAACCUAAUGGCACUGGCUUUGCUGCAUUUGGACAAGGAAAAUCAGUAGUAACCCCAUUUGGGCAAGUUACAGCUGUUGGAGUCUCCAGUAAUCCUUUUAUGGCAGGAGCAGCAACGGGACCUUUUCCAACAGGAAGCUCAUCAACCAAUCCUUUCUUAUAGCCUUAUAGACACUUUACUUAAAAGAACUCUAUGUGAUCACAUAACAUCUCUAUGCCUCUUGCACUGUUGUCUUGUUUCACUGACCUUAGCUUUAAACACAAAAUAAGUCUUUCAGAAAAAAGAAAAAAAAGUCUGCAUUGUGUGUUAAAACCAAGGAAUACCAGGUGAUGUACAAAACAUGGAACUGUGGUAACAGCCAUUAUUGUGCAAUGGCAGGAGAAUGUUAAUAGUAUCAUGUAUAUUAAAAAUUGGCUAAUAUUAAGUUAUUGCAGAUAUCAUUCAUUAUGCUGCAGUAUUGUACAUAUUUUUCUCUUAGGAAUUAGUUAUUUGUGCAUAUCAGUAUUUGUAACUUUUAACACAGUUAUGUGAAAAAUGUUACUGGGAAAAAUAGAUCAGCCAGUUUAAGGUGCUGUCAUAUAUCUUGGAAUGAAUGGCCUAUAUCAUUUUAACAUUGCUUGUUGGGAUUUAUGAAUUCAGAACUGAAGUUUUAUUCAUUUCUUGGAGUGUUUUUUUUCCCCAUUUCCUGAAGAGCUCUUCUAUUUAUACAUGCCUAAAUUCUAUAUAACGUGGAGGGAUACCUGUCUGCAUAAUAAAGCUCAUCAUGUUUUGCUACAGAUUGCAGGUGGAAAAAAUAAAUAUUAAAAAAGUUUGUUGUUGUCAGCAUUUGCACUAACCAAUUUUGUUAAUUUUCAAAAUUAUUGACAAAAUCUUGAAAUUGCAUUAUUUUCUUGGCUGUUUCAGUAAGGUUGCAAAUUGUUAACAGUAAAUCCUGUUAACAAUAGGAAUUUACCUACUGAUCAAUCAGUAAAAUAUGAAAUUUUCUUUAUUUUGAAAACUGUCUAACAAAUCUAACUUAAAAUGAGUAGUACAGAAUAUAUUUCAUUUCCUUUAUUGUUUAAAUGUCUUCAUUUCAAUUUGCGGUCAUUGUUCAUUCUAAUUACUUAAAACAAGUUGGUAAGAUUGAUUUUGCAGCAUUAUUGAAACCAAACAGCCAGCAAAUACUUAAUAAAACCAAACUUUAGCUUUGGUAUGGAUAUGCAUACUGUGGAUUUUGAAUGAAUAUUGUACCUCCUUACCAGAAGAAUUAUUGUUCAGCAGUUAUUUGCAAGGUAAAUGCCAUGGCAGCGUAUUUAUUGAUGAAAGCUGAUGGAGCAAUGUUUCUGUAGAUUUUAGGUAAUUUGUAACUUAAAUAUUUAAUGUUUGUCAAUAGAAAUACAAAUCUUGUACGCAAUUAGAUUAUCCGUGCAAAUAUAAAUCCACACACAGUGUAAUUCAUUACUUCAUAAAAUUAAGUGACCUGAAGAUUUGAACCAAGAUGAUUAAUAUACCAUGUUUUUAGAGUGUAUUGAUACAGAAAAGAUCUUAAUUUCUUUCAAAGGAUGGUUGAUUAAUGGGGAGGAGAAGGUGUUCUCUUUAAACACAUUGCUUCAGAUUGUCAUUAGCAUUAAUCUGAGAUAUAAAAAUAGUACUUAAUAUCCUUGCUAGUGGAGAAGAUUAUUUGGAACAUUGAAAUAGUACAUCCCUACAUAUCCUAUACUUUGGGUAGAAUGUAAAGUACUGUAAAGUAAAGGAUUUUUCAAAAUGUUUCCUCUAAGAUUUUAAAAGGAAGAUGGAAAUUAGAAUAGAGAGAAUAUGUUUGGUAAAUUAACAGUUUCUGUCUGGAAUUACCAGGUUAGUGGAUUUCUGAAUUUUCUGUAGCCUUUUUGAGAGAGAUAGUUUAAAAGGCAAACAGAACAUCAUAUUUGGAUGUCUGCUAACCUGUGGUAGUGCUGAUUUGGAGUAUGUCCCAAAAAGGCAAUUUUGUGUGUUCCAGUAUAUGCAACAUUUGUCUUAAUUUCAGUGAGUGCAUCUUGAUGAAAAGGUAAAUGGAGUCAAGUUAAGAAUUUUCUUGUAAUUUUAAAUCAUGAAAAAAUAUGUCAUUUUCAUGCAUACAUACUUUAAUUUUCAGGAAUUUGGGUGAAUCCUUGAAAUUGCAAUUAAAACUUUACACCUGUAUACAGAAUCUGGCAUAAGUGUCAGCAAAGAACCACUUUUUUAAGUGGUUGAAGAACCUCAGCUUUUUAAUGGAACAAUAAUUCUGUAGGAGAAUGUUUUUAACUCAUCCUUGGUAUUGUAUUUCUACCCUCUUCCCCCUUUUAGACUGCUGUUGACUCUGCUGGGAGGAAUGGGAAUAUAAUGCAUUCACUAAGAUGCCUUGAAUUUUAAGAACAGGAAUUUUCCUUUUCUGCUGCUUUUCAUUUCUAAAUUUUAAAAAAAUCAUUGCAUCAGUGCUUAAGCAUAAAGUGGUAUUUUUAUUGUUGAACUUAAUAUAAUUCUCAUGUUGAAUUUUUGUUUCAGGUGAUAACAGACUUUUCUAUGCUCUUUCUAGAAAUUAUUUUCAUUCUCUGAGUAAUAUUUACAUUGAACAACUGUUUUUUAAAAAAUUGAAAUUCAGUGUGUGUGUAUUAUAAAUAAAGCAGUCUUGCAGCAUGUAACUGCAAGCACCAAUUGGCAUAGUACUGUUUGAUAGAGAGAAUCCUGGAAUUCACACAAGUGGCAGAUGAAUAAAUCUGAGAUAACAGUACAAUACCCAUCCUCAUUGAGCUCCCCAGUAAAACAUGUUCAGCAAGUUAAAUGGAAUCUAACAUGGAUGCACAUCUUAUUGGGCACAAAACAUUUCUGCAAAAUAUCUGCUAAUAUAAUUUUGGCUGUUGCAUCAGAUGAAUUUUUCAGAAAUUUUAUACUCUACACUGCUAUAUUUAGAUACUUAAAUAUUAAGAGG